CCGUGGGCGGUGCCAGCCGCACGGGGCGGUCCUGGCGACCGGGAAGUUCAUGCCCUUGGCUGGGGACAUCCCCUUCCCUCACUUCCCGGUCCUCGAGGCCCGGGGCCCAGACAGUCAAGAGGGCGCGGGCGAGAGGCGGCUGGUGGUCCCGCAGGUCAAAUGGUGGAGAAUGUUGCCCACUCUGCGGACCUUCUGGAUCUUGGUGGCCAUGGCAGAUCUCUCCAGGGAGGGCUGUUCUGCUGAGGCAUCUCUGUCAUGUGACGCUGCUGGUGUGUGUGACGGCCGCUCCAGGUCUUUCACCUCCAUCCCCUCGGGACUCACAGCAGCCGUGAAGAGCCUUGACCUGUCUAACAACAAGAUCACCUCCAUUGGCCAUGGUGACCUGCGGGGGUGUGUGAACCUCCAGGCCCUGAUAUUGCAGUCCAGUGGAAUCAGCGCCAUAGAGGAAGACGCCUUUUCUUCCCUGAGCAAGCUUGAACAUUUGGACCUGUCUGAUAAUCACUUAUUCAACCUCUCUUCCUCCUGGUUCAGGCCUCUUUCCUCUUUGAAAUACCUAAACUUGUUGGGGAAUCCUUAUAGGAUACUGGGGGACACACCACUGUUUCUCAACCUCACAAAUUUACAAACCCUUAGGGUAGGAAACAUUGCCACCUUCAGUGGGAUCAGGAGAAUGGAUUUUGCUGGACUGACUUCUCUUGAUGAACUUGAAAUCAAAGCGCUAAGCCUCCAGAAUUAUGAGCCUGGAAGUCUGCAGUCCAUUCAAAACAUCUAUCACCUGACCUUUCACCUGAGCCAGUCUGAUUUCCUGCUGAGGGUUUUUGAAGACAGUCUGAGUUCUGUGGGAUAUUUAGAACUAAAAGAUGCUAACUUGGGCAGCUUCCGCUUUUCAGAACUGUCCAUGGAUGAAAUGAAUUCAACGAUGAAAAAGCUGGCAUUCCGAGACACAGAUAUCACUGACGAGAGUUUUAAUGAACUUUUGAAGCUGCUGCGUUACACUCCAGAACUGUCAGAGGUGGAAUUUGAUGACUGCACCCUCGAUGGAGUGGGCGAUUUUCAGCCAUCUGAGUCAGACGUCGUGAGAGAGCUAGGCAAAGUAGAAACGCUAAUAAUACGGAGACUGCACAUUCCCAGAUUCUACUUAUUUUAUGAUCUGAGUAGCGUAUAUUCCCUCCUGGAGAAAGUUAAGAGAAUCACAGUAGAGAACAGCAAGGUCUUUCUGGUCCCUUGUCUGUUUUCACAGCGUUUAAAAUCAUUGGAAUUCUUGGACCUCAGCGAAAAUUUGCUGGUUGAAGAAUAUUUGAAAAACUCAGCCUGUGAGGAUGCCUGGCCUUCCCUACAAACUUUAAUUUUGAGGCAGAACCAUUUGAAAUCAAUAGAGAGAACUGGAGAGAUUUUAUUGACUCUGAAAAACCUGACUGCCCUUGACAUCAGCAGGAAUAGCUUUCAGCCCAUGCCUGACACUUGCCAGUGGCCAGAAAAGAUGCGUUUCCUGAACUUGUCCAGUACAGGGAUACAGGCAGUAAAAACGUGCAUCCCUCGGACACUGGAGGUGUUGGAUGUUAGUAACAACAAUCUCAAUUCGUUUUCUUUGUUUUUGCCUCGGCUCCGAGAGCUCUAUAUUUCCAGGAACAGGCUCCACACUCUCCCGGAUGCCUCCCUGUUUCCCGUGUUACUGGUCAUGAAGAUCAGAGAGAAUGCCAUAAAUGCUUUCUCUAAAGACCAACUUAGUUCUUUUCCCAAACUGGUGAGUCUGGAAGCAGGUGGCAACCACUUGAUCUGCUCCUGUGAACUCUUGUCCUUCACAAUGGAGCAGCCAGCGCUGCUCCAGGUCCUGGCCGACUGGCCAGACAACUACCUGUGUGACUCUCCGCCCCGCCUGCGUGGCCAGAGGGUUCAGGAUGCCCGGCCCUCGGUCUUGGAGUGCCACCAGGCUCUGCUAGUGUCUGGCGUCUUCUGUGCCCUUGUCCUGUUGAUCCUGCUCAUUGGCGGCCUGUGCCACCAUUUCCAUGGGCUGUGGUACCUGAGAAUGACGUGGGCGUGGCUCCAGGCCAAGAGGAAGCCCAAGAAAGCUCCGUGCAGGGACAUUUGCUAUGAUGCCUUUGUUUCCUACAGCGAGCAGGAUUCCUAUUGGGUGGAGAACCUCAUGGUGCAGCAGCUGGAGAAUUCGGACCCGCCCUUCAAGCUAUGUCUCCACAAGCGAGACUUUGUCCCUGGCAAGUGGAUCAUUGACAACAUCAUCGACUCUAUUGAGAAGAGUCACAAAACCGUGUUUGUGCUUUCUGAGAACUUCGUGCGGAGCGAGUGGUGCAAGUAUGAGCUGGACUUCUCCCACUUCAGGCUCUUUGAUGAGAACAAUGACGCCGGCAUCUUGGUUUUGCUAGAGCCCAUUGAGAAGAAAGCCAUCCCCCAGCGCUUCUGCAAGCUCCGCAAGCUAAUGAACACCAAGACGUACCUGGAAUGGCCCUUGGAUGAAGCCCAGCAGGAAGUGUUCUGGGUAAAUCUGAGAACUGCAAUAAAAUCCUAGCUUCUCCACCCAGUUCCUGUCAUGAGCUAACCACGGGUCUUCAUAACAUGAAUUGUAACAAAGUUUAUUCUGACUUAUUUAAGUACCUUGAAGAAUUGUAUCCUUGAAGAUUUAAUUCUAACUAAUAAUUGUGAGCUUUAUCUUGAAUGCUGUUAUAUAAAUAUUUUAUAUUAUAAGAAUGGUUUUUCUGUUUUUCUUUGUUUUAUAGAUAGCCAAGAUCUCUCUCCAGUAUUGAUAUCUGAAUAGCCUGUUCCCUUAGCACAUCUGGAAAUGGCAUGUGUAGACUGGAGAUUUAAUACUUGUAUUGAGUCAGUGUGCACAGAAGCACAUGGGUUGGCUACAGAGUAUCUACUCACCUGCCAUCCCUCUGUGUAACAUCUCAAGGACAAGGAGUCACAAUAUCUGGGGCAUUCAGGCACAUUUGUCACUAGAACUAGAGAGAGGGUUAUGUCCCUCUUAUCAUAUCUCUCAGUGUAAAUGGCACAGGGUGCAUUUUCAUGUAAGCUGGGUUUGUUUUGCUGAAAUUUGAUAGGCUUACUCUAGAUGUAAUUCUUUGAGAUAAUGUAUGUAACACAAGAUGCAGUAAAUCUUGUUUUGCCAUGAGAACAGACCUAGUGACUGUAAAUAAAAUACUGCUUUGGAAGGA